CAUGCUCUUUAAUUGUAACGUUUCGGCCUCUCUUUUGUCAACCACCUUUAAUUUAUUUCAGGCGGACGGCCAAAAAGAGAGCUGAGACAGAGCCUGCUGCUAAACCCAAACACCCUUGAGUUUAAGCAUCACCAACGUUCAACAAGAUCUGCUCCACAUUUUCUACAUAAUCCCUCCGCCGUGCCUUCAACACUUCCUCUUUGACAGCAGAGUGCGUUGGGAUAAUGGUCCAUAGUCUUUGUUCCUGAGUUCAGAAUGAGCUUUUCUGCCUUUUCUUUUGGUGCCUUUUUUAUAUUUCUUUCUUUCCUUAUUAAAGCUGCUUUUUAUAAUCAAAUUUUACAUUAAAAAGUGGUUAUUUGUGAAAAUAAAGCCAUGAGCUUGCCUCUGUUAUGACUUCCUCUUCUUUCAUCUUUUGUGCAAAGUUUGUUAUCUGAUGAUUUAGCUGACUAACACAAGCAGCACUUAGCUGAAUCUAUUUUUAACCUUCUGUUUUGACUGCAGCACUUUUUUUCUUGAACAAUGACUUCAGUGUGAAGGAGAGCUCCCAUGUAACCUGUAACUGAGGAGGCUUAUGGGAGAAGUUUAAUAUGUCCACAUGAGGGCAGGAGGAGCAGCCAUGGGGGUUGUUUGACCUCUUGUUGUCUCCUCCUUGACCUCUUUCUGACCUCUGGUACACACAAACAGCUCUGUAGUUUCAUUUCAGUGCUUUGACAAGAAAGGCUCUUUCCAUCUUGCUGCCUGUUUUCUCCUCUUUAAUCAUCCCUCAUGACGCGUUUGAGGAUUUCCUUCCCUCUGACCUACCUCUUGUUAUUUAUAACCUUUGUUGACUAAAACCUGUCCGAGGUAGCAUCUAAUCCAGGCACUUCUUUCUUAAUCUGACCGUCUGAAUGGCUGAAGCACCAGUCGGGUAGUGCUCUUUGGUCUUUAAAGGUACAAUAUGUAGGAAUUUUACAGUGAAAUAAUCACAAAACACUCUAAUGUCUCAAUCAUGUUGGAAGAAGGAAGGUGACGUUUAAACAGAUUUCAUUCUCAGCCAGCUGGGUGGAGGCCAGUUUUUCUUCUUUCAAUAAAGCUAAAGAGGGGCGUAGUUUACGAACUCUGGCCCCGCAAGGUUGCCGGGUCUUCUCCAGCUAAUGCAACUGCAUUUGUAAUUCAGCACUGGCUGCCAAAACACAGCAAUAGUGACAGGAGCGACCCAGAAGUUAUUUCUUGUACCCCCAAAGAGGCCACGCAUAUUUUUGUUUAAUUUUAACGAAGGCUAAAGACUAACGCUGAGAUAUUAAUGCUAAUGGUGAAUUAGAAAAAAUAGUCUAGCUACUUUUUCAAUUGUGCAGGCAACAGCCAUGAAACUCAUGGAACAGUAGUGAGAAAGUCAUUCAUAUGUGUUGAAAAUGGGCUGCAGUACUCAUAUUUGACCAUAGGAUGUCACUCUUACUUAAUUCUCACAUAAUGCACCUUUAACUCACAUGGUCUCAAUAAAUGACCAAUACAUUAUCAAGAACUAAGUAGUUUAGCUAAUUUUUUGUUUCAAGCAAAAACUUGAACACUCAUCACACAAAUUAGCACAAAUGUAUUUUUUAUGCACGUUGUUGUUUCUGCACACCGUUCUUAUUGCAAAGGUUGCAAUGAAAAUAAUAACAUCUAUUAGUUUAUUUUUCUUGUUUGUGUUAAUACAUUUUAGUGUGCAGAUUUGUACUUUUUAUAGUGUAUUUGCAAAUUCUACACAGAGAAAACACAACAAAAUAGCUUUUAGUACACAUUUUUAAAUUUUACUGUUGCAGACAUUUUUGCUGUUAAUCUAACAAACAGUUUCAUGUCAAAUAUUCAUAUAAAAUCAUAUUUCCUUACGCUGUUCUGCAGUUUUAUUCACUGCAACAGCAUAGUUCACUUUCAUCCACUCAGUCUCAACUUUGUUCAACGUUUUCUGAGUUCCCUGUUAAUUUAGGUCUGUUAUGCCAGUCAGUUAGGAUUAGCUACAGAUAUUCAUGAGUGAAAACAGCAGCAGGUCAAAUUCACUUUUUUAUUUCAAACAAGUGUGACUGGAUGGUUUUUAGGAGCCCUCGAGGAACGAUCUGCAUCAGCUGCAUUGGCACCGUGACGGAGCACCACCUGGUCAUGUGUAUUCAUGUUCUGAAAAUGAAACCAGCUGAUGUUUCUCUAACAAGGACAUGGAGGAAACAGCAGUGGUCACAUCACUAGAGCCUUUGUGUUAAAAGAGAAAAAACAGUCAUCCGAGUGUUGUGACAGGCUGUUUCCUGCAGCCAGUCAGAUCCGUGGAUUUCAGAAACCUCCCGUUGUGCCGCGCAGCGCAUCCUGAUGACUAAACUUUCCAUCAGGUCAUUUGAACUUUUCUGCUCUGCUGGGUGAGGAUAAAACAGUCGUUAAUUGCUCUGUUUGUGUUCCAGCUGGCGUUAUGAUAUUUGAAGGACACAUUCAAUGUUUUGAGUGUAUUUUUACAUCCUUGCAAGUUUCACAUUGUAACGUCACGAAAUGGACUGAUUUUAACCUCCUAGGACCCUGUGUCCACAUAUGUGGCCAUUGACUCCAUGCACUUUACAUUUUUAUUCUUUUCUACUUAGACCUUUUUGAUAUAAUUUAUAGACACGUUAUAUGACUUAAAUUAACAAAAAAAUUCUCUUUUUAAAGAUAUUUGACAUGUUUAUUUAAUUAAUUUUUAUUAAAAUUACAUUUUUAUAACUUUCUUUCUGUUAAUUACAGUCAACUAAUCUGUAAUAGCUAGAUACGUUUUUUCUUUUAAAUCAGGCCAAAUACAAAUUUGGGUCCCAGGAGGUUAAAAGAUCCCACAGGUCAUAUGCAGCCAGAGCAAAUAACCCUGGCUACUACAUGUCCUGCUGUAUCUUUCCUUGUCAGGAGUCUGUGAGUCUGCACAACUCGGUAUUUUAAUCAGAUGAUUUCAUCAGCUGAGUGCAGCUUCCUCAGAUAAUAAAGAUGAACAUUAGCAUUCCUUUCCCCAAGGUUCCUCACAGGAGAACUCUUUAGAUAACGUUUUUAUUCUCCAAAAGAAAAGAAGAUUUCAUAAUUAAAGUAAUCAUUUUAUAAUUCAAAAUAAUAAUAAUAAGUGAGGGGGUGAGUCAGCAGGAAAACUCAGAAUGUUCCCUCUGAGUUGAUCCGAGUCAUUUCCCAGACUGUUUUUGUUCCGUUGAUUGUUAUGAGAAUGCAGAAGCACGUGUGCUCUCAUCCUUCAUUACUGUCUGCAGUGAGGUCAGAAAAGGACUCAGGAACAGGGUGAAGAUGUUCUGAGGAACUGAUGAUGCCUGUUUCCUAUUUGCUCUCCAUCUAGUUAGAAUGACAUUGUCUUCCACGGGAAGUUAAUGGGGAGCAGCGUGUCUGAGUCCAUCAAGGCGAGUAGAACGAUCUGUCUCAAAUCUGUGACCCGGCCACACGUCGCCCAGUUAAUGAAACAAGACCUGAGAGGGAACAUUGGAGAGAAACUGACAGGGAGGAUGUGAUUUAACCUGAUGGCUGGCAGGUGUGAACGCCACACGGGGGUGGGGCUUACAUUUUUAAUGGUGUUUAAAUGAAAAUGAGGCUAAUAUUACAUUUCUGAGUGACCCAAGCCCUGAAGAAUGCACACACACACACACACGUUUCUGUGGACGAACACAAACAUCUGACCUUUUUCUGAGUUCGUAGCCGUGACCGAGGGGUUAACUCGCCUCAGAUGUUGCAGGAAGCUGUGUGACAGACGGAGGAUGUUAGUCAGGGCCGUGACAGCCAGUGAUUGUUCCUCAGCCAGCGGUCAGUGUCAGUGUUGUGGACCAGAUACUGGGCGGAUAACCGAAUUUCUAUCUCUGGAGGUUCAUACGUCUAAACAUGAGCAAUGAUCGCUUCAAAGGGAUUGUUUUAGAUGACAGCGCGUCAGCAGCCAGCAGCAUGGAGGUGACUGACCGCAUCUCCUCGCUGGAGCAGAGAGUCCAGAUGCAGGAGGACGAGAUUCAGCUGCUGAAGUCCGCUCUGGCCGACGUGGUUCGCAGACUGAACCUGUCUGAGGAGCAGCAGGCCAUGGGGCCCCGUAGAGGACCUACCAAAGACCCCGCUAUGGUGAGAAAAUUUCCCUCAGCAGACAGCAAUGUUGGGAAGUCAGCUAGGCCAAUGAUUGCCACGCUGCCAUUAAGGCCCACAGUGAACAACGGGACCGUCCUACCAAAGAAAAGCACUCUGCCCUCUCCAUCUGGAUCUGGAUCUGGAUCCAGGAAGGACGGCAGCACAGCAGCCAACAAAAGAUUUUUCUACCUGCCCUUCAGCACUGUCAGGAGAACCAGCUCUAACGAACACGUGGGGACUCUCACUCGAAAGGACUCAGGCGAGUCUAAGGGGAACCGAGCUCGGGCCGGCUCCACUGGCAGCAGCUCCAGCAGCAAACGGAGCGACAGCAAACAGAGAGAUCCAGUAUUCAACGCAGGGAUGCGACGUGUGACCCACUGCAAAGAGGAAGGUUAUGUGAAAAUGUACUUGAAGGGCCGUCCCAUCACCAUGUUCAUGCCCAAAGAGCAGGUGGACGCCUACUGCCUGGAGUCCAGAGGCGAGCUACCCAACAACAAACUCAAACUGGACUGGGUCUACGGUUAUCGUGGUCGAGACUGUCGCUCCAACCUCUACCUGCUGCCCACUGGAGAAACGGUGUAUUUUAUUGCCUCUGUGGUGGUUUUAUUUAAUGUGGACGAGCAGCUGCAGAGACAUUACACCGGACACACGGACGACAUCAAAUGCCUGGCUGUCCAUCCUGAUAAAAUCACCAUAGCAACCGGGCAGGUAGCAGGCACCUCCUCAGAUGGAAAGCUGGCUCCUCACGUUCGCGUCUGGGACUCCGUCAGCCUCAACACCCUCCACGUUCUGGGCGCCGGCUACUUUGACAGGGGCCUUGUCUGCUUGGCGUUCUCUAAGUCGAAUGGAGGAAACACUCUUUGUGUCGUAGACGACUCCAACGACCACGUCCUUUCUGUCUGGGACUGGCAGAGGCAGGACAGGCUGGCUGAAGCGAAGUGCUCCAACGAGUCGGUGUUUGCUGCAGACUUUCACCCGACUGACAGCAAUGUGGUGGUGACUUGUGGCAAGUCUCAUCUCUACUUCUGGACUCUGGAGAAAGGAGGCUCACUGGUCAAGAAGCAAGGACUAUUUGAGAAACAAGAGAAGCCCAAGUUUGUUUUGUGUGUGACCUUCGCGGAAAACGGAGAUGCUGUCACCGGAGACUCGAGCGGAAACAUCCUGGUGUGGGGAAAAGGCACUAAUCGCAUCAGCCACGUCAUCCAGGGAGCCCACGAGGGCAGCAUCUUUGCCGUGUGUAUGCUGAGGAAUGGGACGCUGGUGUCUGGAGGGAAGGAUCGCAGGCUUGUUUCCUGGGACAGCAGCUACCAGCAGAUGCAAACAUUAGAGGUGCCUGAGCUGUUUGGUCCAAUCAGAACCAUCGCAGAAGGCCGAGGGGAGACGGUGCUCAUCGGGACCACCAAGAACUUUGUUUUACAAGGCAGUUUGGAUGGAGAGUUCAUGCCGAUUACACAGGGUCACGUCGAUGAGCUGUGGGGUCUGGCUGUGCAUCCCUUGAAGUCUCAGUUUCUGACCUGUGGAUACGACCGGCAGGUCUGUCUGUGGGACUCGAACACCCAUCAGCUCAUCUGGACUAAAAGUCUGGAAGAUACGGCCCAGUCAGCUGGUUUCCACCCAUCAGGAGCUGUGGUUGCCGUGGGAACCCAAACUGGCCGGUGGCUGGUCCUGGACACGGACUCUAAGGAUUUAGUUACCGUCCACACAGAUGGGAACGAACAGCUGUCCGUUAUGAGCUACGGGCCAGAUGGUAGCUUCCUGGCUAUUGGUUCCCAUGACAACUACAUCUAUGUCUACGCUGUGGCAGAAAAUGGGAGGAAGUACAGUCGAGUUGGAAAGUGUUCUGGGCACUCCAGUUUUAUUACCCAUGUGGACUGGUCUGUGGACUCUCAGUACCUGGUGUCCAACUCAGGGGACUAUGAGAUACUGUACUGGAUCCCAUCAGUGUGUAAGCAGGUAGUGAGCGUGGAGACCACCAGAGACAUCGACUGGGCCACCUACACCUGCACUCUGGGCUUCCAUGUCUUUGGCCUGUGGCCCGACGGCUCAGACGGAACCGACGUCAACGCAGCGUGCCGGUCCAGUGACAGGAACCUCCUGGCUACUGGAGACGACUUUGGGAAGGUCCAUCUCUUCUCCUAUCCCUGCGCACAGUUCAGGGCUCCCAGCCAUGUUUACAGUGGCCACAGCAGUCAUGUGACCAACGUGAGCUUCCUGUUUGAUGACAGCUUCCUGGUGUCGACCGGUGGGAAGGACAUGAGCGUCAUGCAGUGGAGGGUAGUCUGAGGGAGCGGACGCUGACACUGAAGCCCAGCAGAAGCAAAACUGUUCUGAACUGCACUAAAAAAAACCAAACUGAUGUGAACUCUAACAGAAACGGAUCGGAACAACUGAAGCGGUCUGAGGUUCUGCUCACAAACUAGAUGAAAAGCAGGAAGUGUAAGAAGCAGCAGCUCGAAACACAACGAUCCUCCUUUUGUUCAUCUUACUUGUUCACACUACAUGUAUAGAAAAAUCCUCUUCCUCUCAUGUUUUAUCCUCGUCAUCAGCGACACAGAAGGAGUCCAACUCAACAGAACCAAAGGCAAGCCCUAACCCUCAGAUCCUGGAUCCAGACUGACGGAGAACCAAGAACGCUGCAACAAAAACUGAAGCACGGCACAUUUUCUAACCUUUAAACUUCCUUUUAAUUUUAUAAUGAACAACUCAGGAAAGCAGCGGUCAAGCAAAAUCCCCUCCCUCUUAUAAAACAUGUCAGAAAAAAACACCCAAAUAUUCAGAAGCAUCGAUCACAGCUAGAAUUAGACACGUUUAAUAAUCUAUUAUCACUUAUUUGUUUAGGUGAUCUUAACUAAAACUGCCUGUAUUGUCCAUAAAUAGUUAAAUUAAUAAAGGUGUGUAAUCCGGUUUUUUUUUUUGUUCUUUUCUUACACAGUUUAGUAAAAGUUAUUUGUUUACCUUACAUGUUUGAUGCCACCAUCAUCAACAAUCUCUGAUGAUGGCUAGAGCUACUAGAAGAAACAUGUAAGGUAAAUAACUUUCACUAAACUGUGUAAGAAAAGAACAAAAAUAUGGAGUACGGCCAAAAACACGGGACGAACGCACAAAAGAGUAUUAAAGGUGUGGUUUACCCAUUCAUUCAACACAUUUGCAGUGUUCUCUAGUAUAAACCAAUCCCUUAUAAGUAAUUUAAAAUAAAAAAGCUGUGAUGCUCCUGUUCUGAGAUGCAGAAGUUUGCUGGUGCUGAGGUGGGACAGGAUGGCUCAUUAUUAAUGAUGUGAACGCUUCUGAUUGGCUAACAGAACACGAACGUGUUCGAACGUGUUCUGUUAGCCAUGUUGCAAAGUCACCAUCACCCAGACACUCUCCGCUCUCUCUCCUGUGUGAGGAUUUUCCAAUCCUAGCAAUUCAUCAUCUAUUUUCUAUCAGAAGCUAAUGCAGGGGAUGGGUGUAAGAGACUGUUUUCAUAUUGAGCUUGCAUGAAAAACUCAGAGUGACCGAUUAUGAUCAGAAAUAGUCAUUAAAAAUGGGUUUUCAGUCAACCACACCUUUAACACUAAUCGUGUCCCCACAGCUAGACUCCAUAAUCAUGUGGAAUAUUUACCUUGAGGCCUUUUUAAUAAAUUACAUUAUUUGCACCAAAAUCCUCUAAACAUUCAGACUUUUUGUGCUUCCAGUUCUUAUUUAUUAUCUAUAAAUCAAAUUCGUCACUGCCAGUUAUUUCUUCCUUUGAUUUUUCUUCUGCAAAAUGUCCAUUUAGUUUCAGAUGAGCAAAUGUUUCCAGAAGCAUGAAACAAAUCUGAGGAAGAUGUGAGUGAAUAUCUAGAAACUGUGUUGGUUUUUUAGAAUGAAAUCUUUGUUUAAUUUAACUUUUUUGUCUCAAAUGUGUCAAAAAUAAGUGAAAACUGAGCUUUUUAAGGUCUCUUUCAUGUUUCUGAGACCAGUUUGUGAAGAGGAAGUACGAGACCAUUGCACUGUAACUGUCUGACAUGAGAAUAUGUAACAGAACUGAACCCUGUUGGUUUUUAUUAAUGCACUGCUUUCACUUGGUGAACAUCCAAUACUGUUUAGCUCUAGUCGGAUCUUCUUAUAAUUCAGUAGAAACAGUUCACACUCUUCUUGUAGUCAGGUUUCCUCCCAUAGAUGUGAUGGGGUGUGUCUAAGGUGAUACUUGAUCAGACCUGAGUGUGUUUAAGGUGGACAUCACCUCCUAAAGGUGGUUUUUAUCAGUAAAACCACAAAACAGCAGAGUUUCAACAGUCUCCAGCAUGGAUGCAACAUAACCUGUCUUAACGCUUGAGGCUGCGGAUUCAAAACCAGUAAAUAUUUGUCAUCUGAGUUGCAGUAAAUGAAACCUGAAUUACUGUU